AUCUUCUCACAGACUCGAUAUCUCCGUGUAUAUAUCAUCCUGGGCGGACCACCAGUCACUAGUGGGAGAUUCCGUCCACACGUUCGUAGUUGGUUUCAGGCGCGGAAACCAGGCCCCGGGAACAUGACCAAUCUCAACGUCAUCAUUUGCAUCUUCUCUUUCUUCUCGUGCGUGUUUCUUCUCUGCACGUGUUACCCUUUAGACGCAGACGAAAAUGGAAACUUUUUUCCGCGAGAUUUCAGUUUGUUAGCCGAAAAUAAAGUAUUUCACCGGAAGCGAGGCUGUGACGGAUUUCCGUGUAUGUAUUCUCACCUGGGCGCCAAGGCGGGGCGGAAGGCGAUGAUGAGGACUUUAAUGACGAUAAUAGACGACUGUGCGCAUGACGUCAUGUGUUCGCCAGGUAAACGAAGGAGGAAAAGGAACGCAAUCAAAAUCUUGCGGCGCCAUUUUGGUUGGGCCUAUUUGAAAGAUCACUAGAUGUGCGCGGCGCCGCGCAUGAAUACGGACUAUUUAUGUCCGUCAGUUGAAGUGUUACAUCAAGAUCUACAACAAAACGCAGACGAGAUUCACUGGGAAUAGUAAACACAAUCAGACAGACACACGGACAGGCAGACACAGAUAAAUAGCCAGACAUUUAAAAGAAAGGACAUUUUGAUGAAAUAUUUCAAUAGUUUUGUAGUUAUACAUACAAUACGAUGUAUUUCAGUAAUGUUAUAGUUAUAGAUACAAUACUUUGGUUUCUAUUGUUGUUGUUUAUAACGGCAUUUUGUGAUAAAAAUGCUGUAUUAGUAUUUAUGAUUUAAAUAAAAUAUUCGUAUCGAGGAUGUAAAUGCAUAAAAAGAAACAAUACAUCGUUGUAGGGAAGGGUGUAAAUGGGGUGGGGUGGGUUGAUAUUGGUGUAAAUAUCAUAGCAGUAUUGUGAAGACAAACUUCAGAUGACGACGUGUUGAUCUGUAUAUGUAUAAUUCACCAGCAGUGAUAAUGUAUACAUGUUUUAAUGUUACACGUUCACCACCCAUCACCACUCCCCCACCCCAACCUCGUCACCCACCCCCACACCCCAACCUCGCUACACAUCACCAUUCCCUCACUCCAACCUCGUCAUCCACCACCACACCCACACCCCAACCUCGUUACACAUCACCACUCCCUCACUCCAACCUCGCCACCUAUCACCACUCCCCCACCCCAACCUCGUUACACAUCACCACACCCACACCCCAACCUCGUUACACAUCACCACUCCCUCACCCCAACCUCAUCACCCACCACCACACCCACACCCCAACCUCGUUACACAUGACCACUCCCUCACCCCAACCUCACCAUCCAUCACCACUCCCCCAUCCCAACCUCAUCACCCAUCACCACUCCCACACUCCAACCUCAUCACCCACCACCAUUCCCCCACCCCAUCCUCGUGUGUUUGGAAUUGCUAACAAGAAAACAUCCAUUAUUGUUACGGUCUGUAAACAGGAUAUAGCAAUUACAAGUAACUGGCGGUGGUUUCUUUUCGUUUUCGUGUUUGGGGUGGGUUGGAUGAAGUGUCAAAUAAUGUGUACGUUCAGUGACAGAAAAUAGAUUUCACGUCCGCUUUUACCUCUAACAUUGUAACUAACAUAGCCACAUGAUGUUUUGUUGUUUGCCUUUGAAAGUGAGAUUCAUGUUAAAGUCGUGCACGGUAUCUGGCUUGGUUGGUGACAGAGAUGGACACAAAGUAAAUGUAUGUUAAAGUCGGGCACGGUAUCUGGCUUG